AUGAGUAAACCACAGCCAGUGCCAAUUAGACCACCAGAGAGUAAAGAACCAGAAUAUGAACAAAAGAAUGUUCAUGAAGUCUAUGAAGUUAUUGCUGAACAUUUUAGUGAUACGCGUUACAAACCUUGGCCUGUAGUUGAACGUUUUUUGAAAUCGAUGAAGCCAGGAAGUUUAGGAGCAGACAUUGGAUGUGGUAAUGGUAAAUACAUUGGUGUCAAUCCCAACAUUGUCAUUCUUGGUUCGGAUAGGAGUCGAAAUCUUGUUCAAAUUGUAAAUCAACGUGGUCAUGAAGGAAUGGUGGCUGAUGCACUUGAAUUACCCUAUAGAUCAAACACAUUUGACUUUGCGAUAUCAAUAGCUGUUAUUCAUCAUUUUGCAAGCCCUGAAAGAAGACUAGAAGCUAUCAAGAGUAUAGCUAGGAUCGUAAAGAAAGGGGGUAAAAUGCUUGUAUUUGUCUGGGCAUUAGAGCAGACAAAAUUCAGUAAACGAGACUUUAAACCUGGACAGCAAGAUGUUCUCGUACCUUGGAUGCUCACAAAGGGAACUAAAGACGCAGAUAAUGUUCCUGUAUAUAAUAGAUAUUAUCAUUUAUUUAAGGAAGGGGAGCUGAAUGAGUUAUUUGGCCAAGUAGAAGAUGUUGUCAUUGAAGAAACGGGCUAUGACCGAGAUAAUCAUUAUGUGAUUGCAUGUAAAAAAUAA